AUGAGUAGGCAAGGAGAUCAAACAACAAGGUGGAUACUUGAUAGUGUUGAAAUCGAUAGAAUGACAGAUAUUCCUAUCAAUGAUCAAGAACACAAAAGCACCUUACCACCCAGAAGUCAUAAUGUUAAUGUUUCAUCAUCCAGUAAUGUUAGGCCUUCGGGUAAUCUUGGGAAGCAUUCUGGUAACCUUGGAAUUCAUUCAAGUAAGCAUUCUGGUAAUAUUGGAGCAUCCCUCAGGAGGACUACAAGUAAUUUUGGUGGAGCUAUCUGGAAAACUACGAGCAAUGCUUUGAAGAUAACUGGAAUUAAAGCUCCUGCUCAACCUCGUCGUCCGCGAAAAGUGGAAAGGACGGCUUCAUCUGCCGCAAGAGGGCUUAAGAGCCUCAGGUUUCUUGACAGAACAAUGACAGGGAAGGAAAUGGAUGCAUGGAGGCCCAUUGAAAAUCGUUUCAAUCAAUUUGCAGUUGAUGGCAGGCUCCCCAAGGAAAAAUUUGGAAUCUGCAUUGGGUUGGGAGAUUCAAAGGAAUUUGCAGAGGAAAUUUUUUACGCCAUUGCAAGGCGCAAGAAUAUAUGCACCAGCACUGGAAUAACAAAGGAUGAAUUGAAGUUGUUUUGGGAAGACAUGACUAGACAAGAUCUUGAUGCUAGACUGCAAAUCUUCUUUGACAUGUGUGACAAGAAUGGGGAUGGAAAGCUAUCAGAGGACGAAGUGAAGCAGGUUAUACUGUUGAGUGCAUCGGCGAAUAAGCUCACGAAUCUUAAACAAGCAGCAGCAUCAUAUGCAGCUUUAAUCAUGGAAGAGCUCGACCCGGAUCAUCUUGGAUACAUAGAGAUUUGGCAGCUAGAAACUCUACUAAGAGGAUUGGUGAACAAUGAUGAUAGCGUGAAAAAGUUGGAUACGAAAGCAAAGACGCUCACAAGAGCAAUGAUCCCGAGAAGAUAUAGAACUCCUGUCAGCAAAUUCUUUUCUUUAGCCAUAGAAUUUAUAAAUGAGAAUUGGAUGAAAAUCUGGGCAAUCAAUGUAUGGUUAUUCGUGAACUUCCUACUCGUGCUGUGGAAGUUUGACGAGUACAUGCAUUCACCCAUGUUCCAAAUCACUGGUUAUUGUGUCUGUAUAGCCAAGGCUUCUGGGGAGACUCUCAAGUUCAAUAUGGCUCUUAUUCUUCUUCCUGUUUGUAGAAGAACACUAACUAAGCUGAGAUCAACAUGUCUCAGUAAGAUAAUCCCUUUCGAUGACAAUAUAAGCUUCCACCAGAUAAUUGCUGUUGCUAUCACAAUUGGGACUGCUGUUCAUGUCGUUGCACAUCUGGCUUGUAAUUUCCCACUGUUGAGUUCAUGUCCUAAACUAAAAUUCUUGAUCUAUAUUGGACCCUUGUUAAACUUCCAACAGCCAACUUAUGGAUCCUUGCUACACACUACAGUAAGCAUUACUGGGAUUUGGCUAACACUUAUAAUGGGGAUCUCAUUUACACUGGCCACACCCUAUUUCAGAAGAAAUAUUGUCAAGUUGCCGGGGGCAUUUCACCGUUUGGCAGGGUUCAAUUCCUUCUGGUAUGCUCAUCAUUUGCUUAUUAUGGCAUAUAUCCUCCUCUUUCUCCACGGCUACUACCUAAUUUUUCCAAAGCCCUGGUAUCAGAAGACGACGUGGAUGUAUAUUGUUUUUCCAUUAGUGUUGUAUGCCGGUGAAAGAGUAUUUUCGCAAUAUCAAGAACAUAAUCAUCAAGUGAAUGUCUUAAAGGCCGUGAUAUAUUCUGGAAAUGUUCUGGCACUCUAUAUCACCAAGCCUCUAGGAUUUAGGUAUAGAAGUGGAAUGUACCUAUUUAUCAAGUGUCCAGAUAUAUCCAAAUUCGAAUGGCAUCCCUUCUCCAUCACUUCUGCUCCAGGAGAUGAUUACUUGAGUGUUCAUAUUAGGACAUUGGGAGAUUGGACUACAGCGCUUAAAAAUACAUUUGAAAAGGUCUGUGAGCCCCCAUCUAAUAAACAGCCAAAAAGAGGAAACCUAAUGAGAAUUGAAACUAGAGCAUUAUCAACCUCAAACUAUGAUGAGAUACAACAAACAUUUCCACAGAUCCUCAUAAAGGGACCAUUUGGAGCCCCAGCUCAAGACUACGGGAAGUAUGACAUCCUCUUGCUUAUAGGUCUAGGAAUUGGAGCAACUCCAUUUAUCAGCAUUGCAAAGGAUCUCCUUCAUAACAUGAAGCAAAACGUCCCCCAGCUGGGUAAACCACUGGAAUCUGCUAGAAAGUGUCCUGAAAGAGCCUACUUUUAUUGGGUAACCAGGGAACAAGCCUCCUUUGAAUGGUUUAAAGGUGUGAUGGAUGAUAUUGCAGACUAUGACCAGAAUAAUGUGAUAGAAAUGCACAAUUAUUUGACAAGUGUAUAUGAACAAGGAGAUGCAAGGUCUGCUCUUAUUGGCAUGGUCCAGCAAUUGCAACAUGCAAAGAAUGGAAUGGAUAUCGUCUCUCAAAGUCGGAUAAAAACGCAUUUCGCUAGACCCAACUGGAGAAAGGUGUUAUCUCAGCUGGCAAGCACGCAUCCAUCUUCACGGAUAGGUGUCUUCUACUGUGGAAGUGAAACUCUUGCCAAACCACUGAAGAAGCUUUGCCAAGAAUUCAAUUUCGAUUCAACAACUCGCUUCGAAUUUCACAAGGAAAAUUUCUGAAAAAUGUCAGUUCCAUGGUGUAUUUUUUUUUUAAAGAAA